ACCAAAUGUGGACAGUAGUAUAAAAACCAAAUCAGUUGGUGGCACCUCAGAGGAGAAGCGGUCUUGUCUUGGUCUGGAACACAACAUCUGGGGAACUGUUCACGAUGAUGUCUCUUGUAGUCGUCGCCUUUGUUGUCAUUGGUGCGACGCUGUCAGAUGGCGCUCUAACAAACCAUACUGUAGCGUAUUGCGAGAAGACGAUGAACAGUACCUGCCAAAGACAUAUCGUGAUAACGAGAUCUUUUGUGGCAAUGACGGCAAGAAGUAUCAUAGCAUAUGUGAGUAUAUACUUGCCCUUUGUGAGUACCACGUCCACGUGGUGGGCUACGGUGAGAACUGCACCAAGAGAACGCACCCAACUCAGACUCCACCGUCCCAUUUUGAGCUUGGUCUUUUUUGGUGCCAUAACAAAUGGCAUCGAUGACAGGCUGAGGGCAGUCAAGGCCAAAAACAUCUCUGUAGCUGAUGCCAAGAAGGUGUACACCGUACAGGAUCAUGCCAACAAAGUGUACGUCCGCAACCCGGACUGCUGGGCCUAUGACCUUGACCUGACCUCCAUCUCUCCCUGGAACAGCAACCUGGCCAACAGGAAGGCUGGAACUCUGGUUUCUCCAAGACACGCCCUAUGGGCUAGGCACUACAGCAUCAAGCUCAAUUCCACUAUCAGGUUUGUUGACCAAAACAACAACGUAGUUGAUCGCCGUGUCGUGAAGACCCAGACAGUAUCUGGACCUAGCCACAGCUCAUUCUAUGGCCAGGACAUCGUGGUGGGUGAACUGGACAUUGACGUCCCCAACACCAUUUCCUUCGCUAAAGUGAUGCCCAGAAACCUGACCAGCUUCCGCGUGCCUUACAGUACGCACAUACCGGCCGUGAGCACAGACCAGGAGGAGAAGGCUCUCGUGGACGACUUCUACUAUUACUCCUCCACUAAUGCAGGGCUACAUGUUCCUCUAACCACCUCCAUCAGACACGACUACUAUGAAAGCAAGAUCAGCGGUGACAGUGGCAACCCCACCUUCUUCGUCAUCGACGACCAGUUGGCUCUUUUGUUCGUGUUCACAACAGGCGGUGCUGGAGGUGGGACGUCCAUCAACCACUACUUUGACAACAUCAACGAGAUUAUGGCCAAGGAAGGAGGUGGCUACCAGCUGACGGAGAUUAAUCUUAGCAAGUAUCUUGCAAAGGGCGAAUCAUUACCGGGCAUUAUUGGGAAAUAAAUACUGACAUGAG